CUCCAGCAGAAAACAGCGUUCUGUCACAUUUCAGGAGGGGGAAAAGUGGUGGUCUAUUGAAAGGGGUGCAUGCAGUGUGAAACAAAGACAAAGGCAGAGCGGGAGCAGCUAGACGGGGUGUGAACGCGCACACUGCCGCACCGCGCGCUGCUUUUGUGCUGUGUGUGCUCGUAACAGCGCAGCGUUGCAGGAGUGAUGGGGAGGAAGGCGAGAGGGGUUUCGUGUGCAGCGGCUGCUCAGUCCUGAGUGCUGAAGGAAGGAGGAGAGAGGAGAGGAGGACGGAGAGGAGCUCUGAGGCUCCACACUGCGGGCUCUGCGGCCACUUCUGGAGGAAUCCGCUACGGCUCAGGAAGGCGUCAGCUGCACCAGCAGGUAUGGGCUAUGAGGCACACUGCAGCGCUGCAAUGAGAAGCGUGUGGGUCACUGCUGUCUUCGUCUCCUUCACAUGGCGUCUCAGCCUCUGCCAGACGGCCACAGGGACUCCUAAUGAGGCCGAGCUGAAUGACAACAUCACAGUUUUCACACGCAUCCUGGACGGGCUGCUGGAUGGCUAUGAUAACAGGCUGCGGCCGGGCCUGGGAGAAAAGGUGACUGAGAUUAAGACGAAUAUCUUUGUCACCAGCUUUGGCCCUGUGUCAGACACUGAGAUGGAGUACACAAUCGAUGUGUUUUUCCGCCAAAGUUGGAAGGACGAGCGCUUGCGCUUUAAGGGGCCCAUGGGGAUGCUGCCUCUGAACAACCUGCUGGCUAGUAACAUCUGGACCCCUGACACCUUCUUCUUGAAUGGCAAGAAAUCCAUUGCUCACAACAUGACCACACCCAACAAACUGCUGAGGCUGCAAGACGACGGCACGCUGCUAUACACUAUGAGGCUGACCAUUUCUGCUGAAUGUCCAAUGCAGCUGGAAGAUUUCCCUAUGGAUGCUCAUGCCUGUCCCCUCAAGUUUGGAAGCUAUGCGUACCCGAUCUCAGAGGUUGUGUAUAAGUGGACCCAGGGCCCGGCCAAGUCUGUGGUUGUGGCGGAAGAAGGUUCCCGACUCAACCAGUACCAUCUGGUUGGCCAGACAGCCGGCACUCAGGACAUCAGCACCAGCAGAGGUCAAUACACGGUGAUGAUGGCCCACUUCUACCUGAAGAGGAAGAUUGGUUAUUUUGUAAUUCAGACCUACAUGCCCUGCUUCAUGACGGUCAUCCUGUCCCAGGUGUCCUUCUGGCUCAACCGCGAGUCUGUCCCUGCCAGGACAGUUUUUGGUGUGACCACUGUAUUGACCAUGACCACGCUCAGUAUCAGUGCCCGGAACUCUCUGCCCAAGGUGGCCUAUGCCACAGCCAUGGAUUGGUUUAUCGCAGUGUGUUACGCCUUCGUCUUCUCUGCCCUUAUCGAGUUUGCCACAGUCAACUACUUCACCAAACGCAGCUGGGCCUGGGACGGCAAGAAAGCCAUGGAGGCUCAACAGCCCAAAAAAAAAGAUCCGUUGGCACUAUCAAAGAAGGCCAACAAUGCCUGCUCCACCGGAGUGAACUUCACGGCUAACAUCACCAAGGACGCCGCCAUUGCCACCAUUUCCAACAGCACGGCUGUUCAGAUGAAGUGCGCCGAGACCAAGCCAGCACUGGACCCCAAAAAGACCUACAACAGCGUCAGCAAGAUCGACAAGAUGUCCCGGAUAGUGUUCCCUGUCCUCUUUGGCACCUUCAACCUGGUCUACUGGGCCACGUACCUCAACAGGGAACAGGUCAUCAAAACGAAUGUUUGACCCAUGCAGAAUGGCCACCACCUCCCUGACCUUUCCACCCUUUUUCCCCUUCAUGUCUUUCUUCUGUCCAUUCUGCCAUUCAUGACCGCCAUGAACUAAACCUGCGAGGAACAAAAACGAUGCCAAACAUUUAUUCACUCCACAGCUUAUCCAAAAAGCUCUCCUGUACUCUUUCCCUUCUGUGUUCAAAGAUUGCAUGAUCGAUUCAAAGCUCUGUGGGAAUACUAUCGCCAUAUCUGCCUUGACUUUCUACUGUAUAUUACUCUUCUACUAGGAUUUCAUAGGUGAUGUUGCAUUUAUCUUCUAUUGUAAUGUACUCAACAAAAGCAAGGAUUUCGCUCAUAAUUAAUCAAGUUUCCAACUUUCAAAAAUGAUAAGACAAAAACUAUUAUGCAUUUGGCAUCCACAUCUAUCAGUGAGUCAAAUAAUAAUGUACAUAAUUACAAGUACAGCAAUGCCAAAUGCAACGCAAAAAAAAGUUUUUUUCUACUGUAUCAAUGCUCAUCUUGAAAACCUUGCUUUGUACGAAUGAGCUCGAGGCUUCUAGUGUUUAAGUUGUAGCUUGAGCAUUUUGAAGCAGCGAGUGGCGAUGCAAAGCGGACAAAUAGCCAUGCUAAAAGUGUUGCCUUCAGAGAGACAAUACCGUAAGAGUGCACUGAAAUCUCCAGCGAUUACCUUUUUAAAAACAAUCUUGAGUCCAGCUUUCAUUUUACUCAUCUUUGUUAUAGCUUAAAGCCAUUUUUCAAGUAAGCGGGCUGACUUGCAUUGCGCCCCCUAGUGGCAGCUUUUGAAACUUUGCUCUUUAAUACUGCAGUAUGUGGAGUAAAGAAGGUCGGGUUGCAGUUAAGACUUUCAAAUCACUUGUAUAUAGGCUGUGUAUGCUUUGCUUUAAUGUCAGCUCUUGACCCUCUGGGGAAGAACUGAAAAUUGUGCUACGACGCUAUGCUAAUGUGCAGCUAAAUAAACAUAAAUGUAAGCUAGACCUCGAGUCGUGGAACUGCAGAUUGCAGCAUUGAUUAGCGUGAUUAGCUUGAGCUUUGAUAGACUAUGGCAUUUCUUUCCUGUUGCCACGUUGCCGGUCCUCUUAGUGUAGGCUUCGCCAUAAUCAUUGAGUUGUUGUUUUUCCUACCUAUAUUGAUAUGAAUUGCUUAUGAACUUAUUUAAUGUAGAGUAGCUUUCGAUGCUUUUUCUUUCCCCUGUGUUGUGACUUGGUCAGAGGGUUAUGGCUUUCUGCAGCUGGACAGAGGGUUCUGAAAAGGCUUGGGGUUUUUUCAUGCUACUGUGGAAAAUAAUUUAAGAGACUUUCUGUCAGACGCAAAGUCAGAACUGAAAGAUGAAAGACGAGAGCGUUACUGUCAGAUCUCAAGCAAAUGGCCAGAGGUGGGUAGCGUAGUCUGACACAUACUCAAGUUAAAAGUAUUGUUACUAAGUCUGUGACAGUUAUUGAUCGCAGUUAUUUGAGAUGAUUGCAGUUAUUUUAGCUGACCACGAUUAUUUUCCACAGUUGUUAACUUUCACAAUCAUGUGUUUACCUCUCAACAAACAGGACGCUAAAUUGGCAUGGUAAAUAAAAGGAAACAGAAAACGCAAAGGUUCUUCUGACUAUGACACCUUUAAAGGGCAGCAGUAAAUAGUUGUUCAUUUGAGCUUGAGCUGUGCCUUUCGUCAACUGGGAGCUACUAGCUAAGCAUUGACAACUACGAAGUAAGACAGCUAAUCAGCCAUUUUUUGCCACUUUAGGCCUGUACUUCAGUAGUUGAGUGCAACAAACAAAAAACACAGCUAUUAAUCUUAAUUACACAGCAGUUAAUUAUCAGCUAAAUGAUCCUGAUCCUGACAGGCCUAACUGUUACAUCAAUGACCUAAUGACUCAGGUAGAAGUAAAAGUAGCCUGGCCUAGAGUUCAAAAAAUCAGGUCCCCUCAAAUACUGGGCUCCCAAUAGAACUGCAGUGGAACAUCUAAGUAGAUCCAACAUCCAUCAGCUUAGGAAUAUGUUUUUGUGGGUGUUCUGUUCUUCUUUUUCUCUAAAAUAAAAUGCUGAAGCAAGAGCUGUGAGCAACAGCAAAGCAGUCUAGAACCAUUAGAACAGAAAAAAUAAAAUCAUAUGCAGAAGUUUGGGCCCCAAGAUCCAAUACAGUUACACAUAUUGUUCAUUUUCUAAGCAAAAAUAAGUAAACAUCCUCUACAGAGAACACACCUCACCAGUAUUGAAAUCAACAAAUAAAUAGGAACUACAGUCUAAAAUUAGCAAUUGUCACUUAGAAAAUCAACAAAACUUGUAAUUUGACCAGGGGUGUCCUAACUUUUAGAUAAUGUGAAAGGUUAAGGUGGAACUGAGAAAUUCAUUUCCACACAAAUAUACUUGAAUAGAAGCAAAACUAUUCAAAAAGACUCAGACAUAUACAUGUAAUCAAGUAAAUGUAACUAGCUACUACCCACUGCAAAUGGCCAGAGUACAUAUUUAUGCAGAACUGAGGCUGAACAUGGAUAAAAUAACUGCAGAGAUAGAAGAAAAGGUGUAUGUAUGCCCUCCUGAGAACAAAAGAGAGAGAGACAGAGAUAGAGAAUUGAGUUAUGAAGGUGAAAGUGAUGCUGAAGUGUGAUGACACCUCUGCGGGCGCUUGGCAGUGAUCCCCAAUUGUCGUGAGGGCAGAGACAGCAGAGCAUGGCUCAGGGACAGACUGACAGUGAGACAGUGAUAGAGAUGGAGAGAGGAAUGUGAUGAGGACACUCCCUGCAUUUCAGCAGCUUCAUUGAGGUCCAUAGGCUGUUCUCAAUCUCUCAACCACGUUAUAAUAAACAUUGCCUUUCAUCCACUCGAGCUGACAGUCUGUAUGUCCUGUGGUGUGAUGUUGUCCUGGAAAAUAAGGGCACUGACCAGAUGAGUGCAACGGUGCAACUGCAGAAAGGCUCAGCUAUUAUACAGCAAUCAUUAGGCGGUGAUCUUGCAGUACUGAGGUGAGAUUAGCACAAUGGGAACCCAUGCACAUGAGCUUAGCAACUCAGCAGGUCACUGAAAGGCAGAGCUGCCAGCUAGACAUGCAGCUCAGAACUCAUGUAACCACCAAUCAGGGCUUUAUAUGUGGGGGAAACAAAGAUGUGCCAUUUUAAAGAAACAACUCAAGAGUUGCGAAGAGUGAGUUGUGCUCUCUUUCAGAAGAAUCGAUUCUUUCAGAGAUGUACAGUUGCCAUGUAAAGCAUACAUAUGUCCGAAGCAAUAAAUUCAUGCCUGAUAUGC